AUGAAUACAGAAACGAUGGAUUCGGAUAUUCUGUACUGUUUUGCUGCUCUGAAUGAUUCAUGUACUAAAACUUCUAGAGCUGUAACAACAAAGACAUUGCUAUACACUGUGUUUACAUUAAGUAUUCUCCUCACAGUCUUGGGGAACCUCUCGAUCAUUAUUUCUAUUUCACACUUCAAACAACUUCAUUCACCCACUAACUUUCUUCUGCUCUCACUAGCUACAGAUGAUUUGUUAGUGGGAAUAAUUGUAAUGCCUUUUAGUAUGAUUAGAUCUGUUGAAAGCUGUUGGUACUUUGGAGAUGAUUUCUGUAUCCUCCUCAACUGUUUCGAUAUGUCACUAACUACAGCUUCUAUUUACCACCUUAUUUUUAUUGCAGUUGAUCGUUACUAUGCAAUUUGCAAGCCACUUCUGUAUCCUGUAAAAAUUACUAACCACGUAGCAUUGUUGUUUGCACUUAUCAGUUGGGUGGCUCCCUUAGCUUAUGCAUUUAGUUUUUUGUAUGUUAAGUCAGGCUUUGAUGACAGAAUUGCUACUAAGAAAUGCUCUGGGAAUUGUACAGUCCUGCUUAAUCCACCGUGGGCAACAGUCGACUGUGUAAUUUCAUUAAUCUUUCCUUGCACCUUAAUGGUCAGCAUGUAUGUCAAAGUGUUUCAGGCUGCGAGAAAGCAUGCACAAGUUAUCUGUACUGAUCAUAAAGUAACUGGGCAUAGGAAUAAAAUGAAUCAAAACAAGGGUGGGAAAGCACUGAGAACAUUAGCAAUAGUCAUGAGUAUGUUUGUAUUGUGCUGGUUUCCAGCAUUUGGUGAUUAUAUUCUCGAGUCACAUAUUCACUUCUACUCACCACCGGAAUUAUAUAAUAUUCUUAUGUGGUUGGGAUAUUUUAAUUCUGCAAUGAAUCCUAUCAUUUAUGCAUUUUUCUUUCGCUGGUUUCAAAAAGCAUUAAAGCUUGUGUUACAGUGCAAAAUAUGUACUGCCGAUUCUUCUCUUUAUAAUCUAUUUCAGCAGUCAUCAGAGGAAGAGUAUGCCUGA